CACCAUCACUCCUCACAUCCCUCCUGCCCAAUCCAACAGAGUAGACUGCUAGUCCUCUGCCCUCCCCUCCCCUCCCCUCUACCAUGUCCGCCCCCGAAGUCUUCCAGCUCUCGCUCGGCCCGCUCACUGGCGUCGCCUUUGGCCCCGACCGCUCGCAGGUCGCCGUCUCGCCCAACAACAACGAGGUGCAGAUCUACUCGCGCGGCUCUGGCGACUCGUGGGACCUGCAGACGACACUGGCCGAGCACGACAAGCUCAUCACGGCCAUCUCGUGGGCGCCCCAGACCAACCGCAUCGUCACCUGUUCGCAGGACCGUAACGCGUACGUCUGGACGCCGACGCCCACGGGCGAGUGGAAGCCUGCGCUCGUGCUCCUCCGCCUGAACCGCGCGGCCACCUGCGUCAAGUGGAGCCCCCGCGAGGACAAGUUUGCCGUCGGUUCCGGUGCGCGCGCCAUUGCCGUCUGCUCGUUUGACGAGGAGAACAACUGGUGGGUGUCCAAGCACAUCAAGAAGCCGCUCCGCUCGACUGUGCUCUCGAUCGACUGGCACCCCAACAACGUGCUCCUCGCCGCCGGUACGACCGACGCCAAGGCGAUCGUCUUCUCGGCCUUCAUCAAGGGCAUCGACUCCAAGCCCGAGGGCACUGUCUGGGGCGACCGCCUGCCGUUUAACACCAUCUGUGGCGAGUUCAAGGCGCCCAACGGCGGCUGGGUGCACGAUGUCGCCUUCUCGCCCUCGGGUAACGCCCUCGCCUACGUCAGCCACGACUCGGCCGUCAACGUCGUCUACCCCACGGGCGCUGGCGAGGCUCCCGUGCAGCUCACGGUCCGCACCCAGACGCUGCCGUACCUCACCCUCACCUGGACGGCCGAGGACCAGCUGAUUGCUGCCGGCCACGACUGCCAGCCGACCGUGUUCGCCGGCACCGCCAACGGGUGGACCUUCUCGCACUCGCUCGACGACCCGUCGCAGUCGGGCUCGCGCGGCCUCACCCCCACGGCCACGGGCACGCCUCGUGCCGGUGCGCCCGGCCGCCUCAACAACGAGGCGUUCAACCUCUUCAAGCAGGCCGACUCGCGCGGCCAGGCCAAGCCAGCUCUUCCUGGCGGCCUCGGCUCGACGGCUGCGGGUGUCACCCCCGUCGGUGCCGACGGCAGCCUGCUCACUGUGCACCAGAACUCGAUUACCUGGGUUGAGCCGUACGAGUGGGCGCAGAACGGUGACGUGGCAAAGGUCACGACUGCCGGCAAGGACGGCCGCCUCGUCAUUUGGAACGUGGCGGGCAAGGGGCUCGCGAGCCGCAUGGGCAGCCUCAACAUCUAGGAGGUGUCCGAGUUGUAGCGCGGCGAGAAGCCGUAAAGCCAAAGCCAGUAAUGCAAAAGCGUAAAGUGA